CGCCGCCGUAGAGCGCCACCAUUCCGUCCAAAACUCUCCCACCACAGUGUCAAAAUGCGCCGCCUCAAAACCUCCGUUCAGUUUCUCAAACACUUUUCUACUCAGGCCCGUCUGCAGGAUGCGGGUCCCAUGGCCUGCCUUUUGAAAACCCGGUCCGUAAUCCGAUUCAAAGGACCCGACACCAUUAAUUUCCUCCAGGGGCUGGUAACCAACGAUGUGCGGAGGCUUGAGGACCCGGAACCUGCGGGUGAGAAUAGCGCCACACCCAACAUGCCCGUGGUCGUAGUACCGCCUCUAUACGCAGCAUUGUUGACUCCUCAGGGAAAGUUUUUGUAUGAUUUUUUUCUUUAUAAACCGCCCCGGCCUGAUGAGAAGCUCGAUAGAACUGGGUCUGGACCCGGAUCCGACCCCGGUGAGCUGGAGAUUUACGCUGAUGUUGAUCGGUCUGUGCUCGAUGAGGUCUUGAUGACAUUAAAGAAGUACCGUUUAAGGUCCAAGGUUGAUAUUGAAAACAUGGCAGAAGAGUUCUCUUGCUGGCAAAGGUUUGGUGGGAAAAUUGCAGAGAAGUCAUCUUCUCCAGAAGCAUUGGAAGGUAAUUCAGUUGGCUGGGGUGGUACUGUUGAUCCUUCUGGCGUAUCAGCUUCAAGAGGACAUAAUUCUGGUUGGUACUGGAACAAGGAUCCCAGAUUGGAUUGCCUUGGAGAUAGAAGCAUCUUUCCUUCGAGCACAACACCACCUCUAGUUGAGGUGGAUGAAGAAACAGAUGAAGAAAAUUUUCUUCUGUGGAGAUUGGAGAAAGGAGUUGCUGAAGGCUCAACAGAGAUUCCCAAAGGUGAGGCAAUUCCACUGGAAUACAAUCUUGCUGGUUUAAACGCGAUAAGCUUUGACAAAGGAUGCUAUGUGGGCCAAGAGCUCAUUGCUCGUACUCAUCACCGUGGUGUUAUCCGAAAGCGUUUGGUUCCUUUGAAAUUUCUCAAUGACAGCGGAAAAGAGGUAGAGCAAAAAGUUGCUGCAGGUUCAGAAGUAAUUGACAAGACAUCUGGAAAAAAGGUUGGGACAGUCACCACUGCACUUGGAUAUCGUGGUCUGGGACUCCUGCGCUUGGAAGAAGCUUUCAAAGACAUGAGCACCUUGACCAUAAAAGGACAAGAAGACAUUAGAGUCGAGAGCAUUAGACCAGAAUGGUGGCCAGCUGAGUGGUUUCAAGAUCAUCGACACGUUAAUGAAGCUGGUUAAAGCAUUCAUUUCAGGGAUUUCGUUUUGCUGACUUUCUUUUGGCCUUCUUACAUCCGAAGGAAUGGAAGUUCCAGAGUUCGUCACACUGGAGCAGAAGAUUGGGGCAAUUCUUGUGAUUUACUGAAACCUUAGCACAAAGUUUUUCAAUCUUUGGCAGCUUUUGUAGAUGCAGCCGGUAGUGUUUACUCGCGAAGCUGGAUAACUGGUCAGUAAAUAACUGCACCAGUGAUGAUUUCUUUAUAAUUAUCCAAACGAUUUAACAAGACAUGAUCCUUUUAACGGAUAAUAUAUUGUGCUUAGAAAGUUCUUAAUGCAGAGUUUUUCUUUUGUACAAUUGUAUGUACUGUGCAUAUUGAAGUAGUUAUUUAAGUGAUAUAAAACAGUGAAGAGUUUAUUUUA